AUGGCGCCAACAAGGUUGGCAUCAAAGCCGAUCGGCGUCAAUGAGAACUUGAAUGGUUUACUGGGGCAUGGAAUUACGACGAGGAGUAAGCAACUGGCUUCUCUGAAAACCCAUAAGGAUAGUUUGAAGGUUCCAAACAAGAGGAAAGCUGAUAGCCCUUUGAAAGAUGUUACGGCAAAGCGAGCAGCGUUUGGUGAUAUCACCAACGCUUUCAACAAGACCACUGCGCUCCAGGAUAAAGACAAAGUCAUGGGGGUGAAGAAGGUUACUGUGGAAAGUAAAAUGCUCCCGACUGUGAAGAGCAUCAAGCCACAGACAACACUGAAUGGCAAGACCUCCAAAGCUAAAACACUGCAGCGAGUGGCAACAAAUGCUAUUGAUGCAGUGCAGAAGCACUUUGCCAAGGAUCCAGUCAAACCAGUAGCCACCAGGGCACAGAAUGGCAUCCUCAAGAACAUUGAACAGAAGAAAGACAAGAAUGUUAAUCAGAAUCAGAGCCAGAACUCUGCCAAGUCGGCCAGGAGUGAUGUCUCUGAACCAUCCCUGUACAUGACAGCUUUAGAAACUACCAGCCCAUCAGAAACUUCAAAAGAGGAAUACAAGACUAUAAGUGAGAAGCUAGACAAGGUGAAUCUUGAUGACACCAUCCGGUCUUUGGAUGAAGAGACUGAGGUGCCUCACAAGCCACCCUCGGACGUUCCAGACUUUGACCAAGAAAACUGGAAUGAUCCCUUCCAAGUCUCCAACUAUGCUAUGGAUAUUUUUAACUACUUGAAGAGUAGAGAACGCCUUUUCGUUGUUGAUGACUAUCUUCAAAGGAUGAAAGGAAUCACUUCAUGGAUGCGAGCCCUUCUUGUCGACUGGAUGGUGGAAGUACAGGAGAGUUUUGAACUGAACCAUGAGACUCUUUACCUUGCUGUGAAGCUUGUGGACCUGUUUCUAACACGUUCCUCCAAGACACAGCCUGAGAAGGAUCAUCUGACCAAGGAAGAACUGCAGCUACUUGGUGCUUCUGCACUUUUUAUUGCUUCUAAGUUUGAUGAGCGCAUCCCCCCACUGGUGGAUGACUUCCUGUACAUCUGCGACGGCGCUUAUACGUUGAGCCAGCUACUCAAGAUGGAGAUGAACAUUCUACGUGUGGUGGACUUCGAUCUUGGCAUCCCCUUGUCCUACAGAUUCCUCAGGAGAUAUGCCAGGUGUGCAAGAGUGUCGAUGCCGACCCUGACUCUGGCGCGCUUCGUGCUGGAGCAGUGUCUGCUAGAGUACAACUUGCUGGAGUACUCAGAUAGCAAGAUGGCAGCCGCCGCUCUCUACCUGGCGCUCAAAAUGAAGUCCAUCGGAAACUGGACCCCCACACUACAGUAUUAUACAGGGUACACCGUCAAGGAUAUUCUCCCCAUCGCAAUCGCCCUGAACGCAACACUGCACAAGAAGCCAAAAUCCGCCAUUAGCACAGUUAGGAACAAGUACUCCCAUACGAUCUUCUUCGAAGUAGCUAAGGUACCUCUCAUCGAAGACUCGGUGCUCUCCAGCUGA